UUUGCAUGACCGCAGUAACUUAAAAGCUUGCCCGGACAUAGGCUGUAGCAUCUAUUGUACAUAUUAUUGGCAGGUAGGACGACGUCCAUUUAGCUAUCUAUACCAAGCAAACUGUCACGACCACGAAGGAACUUGCUAUACUUGAAGAUCUCCAAGCCCUUGCAGACCUUGGCUGAAGAUCUCCUGGCAGUAACUCCUCCGCCAUGCAUUUUUUCCUGCAAGGGAGUUAGCUACACAGAUCACGAGACGGGCGAGUCACCGUGCUACUUUUGAAUCCUUCGAGGAAGGCGGUGCAAUUCCAGCCGCAAGUAAAAAAAAGAAGGACUUCAUGUAUAAGGACACCUGCAACUACAAGAACCUGUGAACACUUUUCACACAAACACACCUUGCGCAAAGUUCGUCAAUAUGAAUAUCCGCAAAUACGAAAGUCGGAAAACACACCAAGUUUGGGGCUCCGGUCACGGCAGCCCAAGUCUUAUGAUCCUAGCCUCUCUCAUCGUAAACACCAUUGCUCUCCUCGUCGUCAUAAUUGUAAAUACAACUGUUGUAGAUGACGGCUCCAAUGACUAUGGACAAGGUUUUGGCUGGACAAUCAUGACGCCAGCACCUGCUGCUGGGAUCCUCUGGGCUCUGCUUGAUGUAGUGGUUGUCAGAAUUUCAGUCUUGCAUCCGAUUUAUUACCUCACAGAGGCGAGUAUUUUGAUGGUGUUUAAUCUUGUCAUGGGAGCCAUGAGUAUUAGCUUUUAUAGUUGGGAUUCUGAUGGUUCUUGGGUACCUGGCAUCUUUGUUUUGAUUUCUGGGGUUGUGUAUUUGGCUAUUAUGGUAAUUUCGGCCGUGUUGGUGCAUAAACGCAAGACUCGUCCUCAGCAGAUUUAUACUGCAUAAGACUCUGGUGGUGCCUAGCACGACUAUAGCACAAGUUAUGAUGACGAAAUCUGGGAAAAUCAUACAUCUGUGGUAGAUCCUAGGAGUCUGCGAUGAGCAUUGAUACGGGAGAAGUACUAGUAAUGUGUAAACAAACGAAAGUGUCAAUUGAGCAUAAUGGAACAGAACACUUAGAAAGUCGAU